CUCGCUGCGCCGCGCGCUCCGAGGUCUAAGAAUCUCCACUCUUCUCCAUCAGGUGGAGCCGUCCGCGCCGCCCGCCACCCGCCUCGCCCGCGAACUGCGCGCAGGCACCUUGCAGCGCCAGGAGGUUAACCGAGCCCCCGGAGGAGCUUCAGUGAAAGGAGCCCUUCUGUCACUCGUCACUGGCUCCCUCGCCCGCCCGCUCGCGAGCUCGCUGUGGGAGGAGCCCGCCGGAGGAAGCCGUGAGCCCGGGCUGCCGAGAGCCACAGAAUGGAUCUGCUCCGAGCGGGGACGGCGCUGAGGAUCCCGGCUUCCCGCGGCGGCUAGGAGCCGGCCACUGGCCCCGGCGGGCUGCGGAGACCCGGAGGCCCGGGGGACCGCGCGCGGAGGCUCGGACGCCCGGACAGACCGAUGGUUGGCGCGAACCCUGGAGGACCGCGGCGGAGGCUGAGCACGGCGAGCCGCCCGGGGCGAGAAACUAACUGCAAACCCAAGUUGCCCCGCCGGCUUCCCCUCGCUGCGCUGAGGAAUGAAACCUUUCCAGCUCGAUCUGCUCUUCGUGUGCUUCUUCCUGUUCAGUCAAGAGCUGGGCCUCCAGAAGAGAGGAUGCUGUCUGGUGCUGGGCUACAUGGCCAAGGACAAGUUUCGGAGAAUGAAUGAAGGCCAAGUGUACUCCUUCAGCCAGCAGCCCCAGGACCAGGCCGUGGUGUCAGGCCAGCCCGUGACGCUGCUGUGCGCCAUCCCCGAAUACGAUGGCUUCGUUCUGUGGAUCAAAGACGGCUUGGCUCUGGGUGUGGGCAGGGACCUCUCAAGUUACCCACAGUACCUGGUGGUAGGGAACCACCUGUCCGGAGAACAUCACCUGAAGAUCCUGCGGGCAGAGCUGCAAGAUGAUGCCGUGUACGAGUGCCAGGCCAUCCAGGCUGCCAUUCGGUCCCGCCCCGCCCGCCUCACUGUCCUGGUGCCGCCUGACGACCCGGUCAUCCUGGGGGGCCCUGUGAUCAGCCUGAGGGCGGGGGACCCACUCAACCUCACCUGCCACGCAGACAACGCCAAGCCUGCGGCCUCCAUCAUCUGGUUGCGGAAGGGAGAGGUCAUCAAUGGGGCCACCUACUCCAAGACCCUGCUUCGAGACGGCAAGCGUGAGAGCAUCGUGAGCACCCUCUUCAUCUCCCCUGGCGAUGUGGAGAACGGGCAGAGUAUCGUGUGCAGAGCCACCAACAAAGCCAUCCCCGGUGGGAAGGAGACUUCAGUCACCAUCGACAUCCAGCACCCUCCGCUCGUCAACCUAUCGGUGGAGCCACAGCCUGUGCUAGAGGACAACAUCGUCACCUUCCACUGCUCCGCAAAGGCUAACCCGGCUGUCACCCAGUACAGGUGGGCCAAGAGGGGCCAGAUCAUCAAGGAAGCAUCUGGAGAAGUGUACCGGACCACAGUGGACUACACGUACUUCUCAGAGCCCGUCUCCUGUGAGGUGACCAACGCCCUGGGCAGCACCAACAUCAGCCGCACUGUGGAUGUCUACUUUGGGCCCAGGAUGACCACGGAGCCCCAGUCCCUGCUCGUGGAUCUGGGCUCCGAUGCCGUCUUCAGCUGCGCCUGGACAGGCAACCCAUCCCUGACCAUCGUCUGGAUGAAGCGGGGUUCCGGUGUGGUCCUGAGCAACGAAAAGACACUGACCCUCAAAACCGUCCGUCAAGAGGAUGCUGGGAAAUAUGUGUGCAGAGCUGUGGUGCCCCGGGUGGGAGCUGGAGAGCGAGAGGUGACUCUAACCGUGAAUGGACCCCCCAUCAUCUCCAGCACCCAGACCCAGCAUGCCCUCCACGGAGAGAAGGGCCAGAUCAAGUGCUUUAUCCGGAGCACGCCACCACCCGACAGAAUCGCCUGGUCCUGGAAGGAGAAUGUGCUGGAGUCGGGGACAUCGGGGCGCUACACUGUGGAGACAGUCAGCACUGAGGAGGGGGUCAUCUCCACCCUGACCAUCAGCAACAUUGUUCGGGCUGACUUCCAAACCAUCUACAACUGCACCGCCUGGAACAGCUUCGGCUCCGACACUGAGAUCAUCCGGCUCAAGGAGCAAGGUUCGGAAAUGAAGUCGGGAGCCGGGCUGGAAGCAGAGUCUGUGCCGAUGGCCGUCAUCAUCGGGGUGGCCGUAGGAGCCGGCGUGGCCUUCCUCGUCCUUAUGGCAACCAUCGUGGCCUUCUGCUGUGCGCGCUCCCAGAGAAGUACGGGAGGGACCCCCGGGAUCUCAGGGAGGGGGACAGAGAAAAAGGCCAGGCUUAGGCUGCCCCGGAGAGCAAAUCUCAAGGGGGUUGUGUCGGCCAAGAAUGACAUCCGAGUGGAGAUUGUCCACAAGGAGCCUGCGUCUGGUCGGGAGGCUGAGGAACACCCUACCAUCAAGCAGCUGAUGAUGGACCGCGGUGAAUUCCAACAAGACUCAGUACUGAAGCAGCUGGAGGUCCUCAAAGAGGAGGAGAAGGAGUUUCAGAACCUGAAGGACCCCACCAAUGGCUACUACAGCGUCAAUACCUUUAAAGAGCACCACUCGACGCCCACCAUCUCGCUAAGCAGCUGCCAGCCGGACCUGCGUCCCGCAGGCAAGCAGCGAGUGCCCACGGGCAUGUCCUUCACCAACAUCUACAGCACCCUGAGCGGCCAGGGCCGCCUGUACGACUACGGGCAGAGGUUCGUGCUGGGCAUGGGCAGCUCGUCCAUCGAGCUCUGCGAGCGGGAGUUCCAGAGAGGUUCACUCAGCGACAGCAGCUCCUUCCUGGACACGCAGUGUGACAGCAGCGUCAGCAGCAGCGGCAAGCAGGACGGCUACGUGCAGUUCGACAAGGCCAGCAAGGCCUCCGCCUCCUCCUCCCACCACUCGCAGUCCUCCUCCCAGAACUCUGACCCCAGCCGACCCCUGCAGCGGAGGAUGCAGACUCACGUCUGAGGAUCCCAAACCAGGGGCUGGGGAAGGGCGGGGAGGGG